AUGUCUUCUCCUGCCGGGCUAGAUCCCGCGACCAUCAUUGCGGUAUUCAGUAGCAUUCGCAUUGCUAACAACACGGGUGUUGCGGGCUUGACUUUUCUCGUGUUUGACUACUUGAUCACGUUCGCCCAGGAGGUAGAAUUUUUUUGGAAGCCUAAGCUGAGCGGGGCAGGGGUUAUCUUCCUGCUCAACCGUUACAUCGUCCUGGUCACUAUGCUGCUCAAUGUUUCUGGGGUAGUUUUCACGGCACCAGCGCAUAGGUAUGUCUCCUUUGAUUACAUUCCUUGGGCAGUUUUUGCUGCGAAACGUGCCUCGGCACUCAGUUCUAAGAACCUGCUGUUCACUGCUUGGGUCCUCCUCCUGUCCUUUGUGCCGGUGGCAUUGAACAGCCUCCAGUUUAUAUUCGGUCUUCAUGGGGAGGUCGAUCCUGUCUUUGGGUGUGUGAUCAUCGACCCCAUUAACCCAGAUCUGAGCCAGAACCCACGGCGCUCUCUUCCUCACUAUUGCUCGCCAGUGACUGUCAUCUCGCGCUCCUGCCUGAUUGUAGCGGAUCUGUGUCUUGUCAUCGCGACUUGGAUUGCAGUCUCUCGGACCGUGAAGUUACGGACGCUCGCGACGGACGACACGCCGACGUUCGGAGCCGUACUCCUAAGGGACGGCGUUAUGUACUUUGUGUGA